GGGACCACAGGAGACCGGCAGCCUUGCUCACUCCUACACUGAACAGCUGCAGCCUCUAAGCCAUCAGGGCAUACAUUAGCUAAAGGCCCUGCCGCUCUGCUCUAACGCUAACCGAGCCCAGCAUGACUUCUGCCAGGAGCUUGCAUGUGAACACGCCCCUGAGGGACAGCGUCCCGCUCUCCAAGGUGGCUGGCACCAACGUCUACCUGAAGCUGGACAAUGCUCAGCCCACGGGCUCCUUUAAAAUCCGGGGCAUCGGCCACCUCUGUAAAAUGUGGGCGGAGAGAGGCUGCGAGCGCUUCGUAUGCUCCUCAGGUGGCAAUGCUGGCCUGGCAGCUGCCUACUCUGCCAGGAAACUGGGCAUCCCAGCCACUAUCCUUGUGCCCACGUCCACGCCAGCUUUCACCAUCGAGCGGCUGAAAGACGAGGGGGCCACUGUCUGCAUUGUGGGAGAGAUGCUGGAUGAGACGAUAGAACAAGCCAAGGAGCUGGUGAAGAACAACCCUGGCUGGGUCUAUGUGCCCCCUUUCGAUGAUCCCCUCAUCUGGGAAGGCCACACGUCCAUAGUGAAGGAGCUGAAGGAAGACUUGGACUCCAAGCCUGGGGCGCUGGCCCUGUCUGUAGGAGGCGGCGGGAUGCUGUGCGGAGUGGUCCAGGGCCUCCGUGAGGCAGGCUGGGAGGAUGUGCCCAUUGUUGCCAUGGAGACCAAAGGGGCGCACAGCCUGAAUGCUGCCAUGGCUGCUGGGCAGCUGGUGACGCUGCCAGAAAUCACCAGUGUUGCAAAGACCCUGGGGGCAAAGACGGUGGGAGCGGAGACGCUGAAGCUGGCCCGAGAGCACCCAGUCUUCUCAGAGGUCGUCACGGACCAGGAGGCAGUCAUGGCCAUCGAAAAGUUUGUGGACGAUGAGAAGAUCCUGGUGGAGCCGGCCUGCGGGGCGGCGCUAGCUGCCGUCUACAGCGGCGUGGUGCAGAGGCUGCAGGCGGAGGGGAAACUGGGCCGUGCCCUGGGCUCCCUGGUGAUCGUCGUGUGCGGGGGCAACAACAUCACGUUGGCCCAGCUGCAGCGCCUCAAGGAGCAGCUGGGCAUCCAGAACGUCAUGGCGGCCUAGGCUGGCAGGGCACCACACGGGGGGGCGGGGCGGGGGAGGGACGGGAGCUCUGGAGUUUUAUCCAGGGCC